GCCUGCCUGCCAGAGAGGGGGAGUCGAGAGCUCUGCUGGGAACUACAUGGUGCUCAAUUUUUCAAGAUGUCGUCGCUGGAACAGAGGCUGUCGCGAAUCGAGGAGAAACUAAAGCAGGAAAAUGAAGAAGCUCGCCGGAGAAUCGACCUUAACAUCGACAUGAGUCCACAGCGAUCACGUCCGAGGCCGAUCAUCGUGAUCCAGCUCAGUCCUGCUCCAGCCCCUUCCCAGCGUGCAGCGCUCCAGCUGCCACUAGCCAACGAUGGAGGCAGCCGGUCAUCGUCUUCAGAGAGCUCGCCUCAGCACCAUCCCUACCCCAGCCGCCCGCGACACAUGCUCACCCUGCCCACGCCUCCGUACGGCCUGCAGAAGAGCUUAGAGAAUGCAGAGAUUGACCAGAAAUUACAGGAGAUCAUGAAACAGACGGGUUACCUGAAGAUCGACGGUCAGCGGUAUCCAGCGGAGGUGACAGACCUGAUCAGUGAAGGGGAGAUCGGCAGCGGGACCUGCGGACAGGUCUUCAAAGUGCGAUUCAAGAAGACCGGCCAUGUCAUCGCUGUCAAACAAAUGCGUCGCACGGGCAACAAAGAUGAGAACAAGAGGAUCCUGAUGGACCUGGAUGUGGUGCUGAAGAGCCAUGACUGCCCUUACAUCAUCCAGUGCUACGGCGCCAUAGUUACCAACACGGAUGUAUUCAUUGCCAUGGAGCUGAUGGGGACGUGUGCUGAGAAGCUGAAGAAGAGAAUCCAGGGCCCCAUCCCAGAGCGAAUCCUUGGAAAGAUGACAGUGGCAAUAGUGAAGGCGUUGCUGUACCUGAAAGAGAAACACGGUGUCAUCCACCGGGACGUCAAACCCUCCAACAUCCUCCUGGAUGCUAAAGGUCAGAUCAAACUGUGUGAUUUUGGCAUCAGUGGACGCCUCGUCGACUCCAAGGCCAAGACCCGCAGUGCUGGCUGUGCUGCCUACAUGGCGCCUGAGAGAAUAGACCCUCCAGACCCAACCAAACCUGACUAUGACAUCCGAGCAGACGUGUGGAGCCUUGGCAUCUCUCUGGUGGAGCUGGCCACAGGACAAUUUCCCUACAAGAACUGCAAGACAGACUUUGAGGUUCUGACCAAAGUGCUGCAGGAAGAUCCUCCUCUGCUGCCUCUCGGCAUGGGCUUCUCCCUCGACUUCCAGUCCUUCGUCAAAGACUGCCUCACAAAGGAUCACAGAAAAAGGCCAAAAUACCACCAGCUGCUGGAGCAUAGUUUCAUCCGCCGUUACGAGGUGCUGGAGGUGGACGUGGCCGGUUGGUUCCAGACAGUGAUGGAUCGCACCGAGUCGCCUCGCAGCAGCCAGUGUUACAGCCAUCAGCACCAGCUCCACUCGCUCUUCAGUAGGUAGCCUAGCCCAGCCCUGCGUUAGCUUAGCCAGACGCUAGUCUUGCCUAGCUUUAGCUUUGCCAAGCCCAGACUCAGUCUGUCCUAGUCUAGCCCAGCGUUAGCAGCUAAGCCUAGCGUUAGACCCAGCCCGCCUGUCCAUCUGUCCACCGGAGAGCCCACAGAGGAGGGGGAGAGACGGAGACUCGAUGGAGUGAUGGACGGAGACGUGGACUGAUGGAUGGAUGGAUGACACAGGUGGUUCUGUUUAUCAGAGUGUUGAAUCUGGACAGGCAGACAUGGGAAGGAGGGAUUUGAAAAGGGUGCACACUGUAGUUAGCUUCUUUCGUUUACACACUGUUGCGUCUCGUCGCGUUAUCAUAUCAUGUCACAUCACAGUGUGUGUAUAAGCCACAUGCACUCGCAUACAAACUGUGUGUAUUUUGUAUGUUUCUACAUUUCCUCCACUUUCCAUUAGUCUUUCACCUACGUGUCUGUCUCCAGCAUUGAUCCAAGCCCUUGGAUUAGUCAACAGAGUAGUCACUACACACUGGAACAAAGCAUCUGCUACAUUAGCAAACCUGAAUCUCUCUUGUACAUAAGCGUUAUGGAGGACACACCAAUGUCCGGUGCAAUUAUGAUUCUUCAGGUGUUUCUACUAUCACACAUUCUCAGGCUGAAUCUGUGUGUGUGUGUGUGUGUGUGUGUGUGUGUGUGUGUGUGUGUGGUGUGUGGUGUGUGGUGUGUGGUGUGUGUGUGUGUGUGUGAGAGAGUGAGAGAGAGAAUAUCAAGACACAGUCACUGGUUGUUUUUAAAAGUGAGAUAAUAUUUCUUAGCCAUUGUUCACCCUCACACUACAGCUGUUAACACACAAACCAGAAUGAAUUAAUCUAUUGUCCGUGCUUCAUUUCUAACAUGUAAGGAUUUUAACCCUCAUUAACUUUGAUAUGAAUUAUAUUUACAAUACCUGUCAUUGUAUUUAGCAGCUGCACAAUUGGGAAAACGCGAUGAAAAAAAGACCUACAAAAAAAUUAGUGUUGCAUUGUAGCUUUGUAGAAAAUGGGUCGUGUAUGGUUUUAUAUUUAUGUGUUCAGAAUGAUUUGGAUGAUCUAAAAGAGAUGGAGGAAUACUAAGAACAGAAAGGAUGAGUUAGAGAGGAGGAGGAGUAUCUGACUCUUUCUAGAAAUGUUGAAGAGAAAAGCAGAGAACGUAGAAGAACAGGGGAGUUGCACUCCCAUUGAUGACUGUGAGGAAGCUUGAAAAACUGUUACGAGUGUGAGAAACUAGACGUUGGAGGUAAAAGUGGGAGCAGAGUGCUUUUUUUAUGGAGAAGGCAAAGAACAGGAGCUUAUCUUGUACAAAGAUUAUAAAUGGGGUAGAUCUUAUUAACUGUGGAGCAUUUCUUUACUUCACUCUCUGUUUGUCUACCUCUUCCUCUUUGUCCACCUCUCUGUCUGCUUCUGCUGUUUAGUGUGACGUAGUGCUCCACAGUGUUACCAGACCAAAGGCUGCGUGUAGGUUGUUGUUGGUGGAGGCUGAGAGAUGUAGACAUUAAAGAACCACACAGACACAUCUUGAUAAAGCACGUUUUUUUGGUGUUGUUAGAAGCUAGAGCAAGGGUCUCAAACUACAAGCACAGGGGUCAGAUGAGGCUUGUGAGGUCAUAAAGCUGACCAGGUUUAGAAUUUAGAAAUGUUGUUUUGCCUUAUCUCUGAUGUUUUUAGUCUUAAUAGUCAUUUAGGCCUAUUUUAAAGUAAUCAUGUACUUUUUACAGGCAUGUACUAAUGCGCUAAUGAUUUCAGUAUCUCCCAGUAUCUUGCUAAUCAUGUUCUAAAUAUUUGCUCAAUCAGAAAAAUGUCAAGUUUCCAGAGUCCAAGGAUUAGGGUCCAAAUUGCUUUCCAAAACUACUAAUUUUGAGUUUGCUGUCUUAAAAGACAAAGGGAAGCAGCGAAUCUUCACCUUUGAAAUAUUGACCAGUGAAUUUUGGCAAUUUUACUUGAAAAAAAUCAUCAAAUUGUUGCAGAUUAAUUUUCUUGUCAAACAGCAAAUAGAUUAAUACCAUACAAAUGGUAUACCUAUCAUAUAUAAUACCAACCAUAAGCUAAGACCAACAGCACGCAGGUUUAGCAUAGCACAAUUGACACCUACAUUUCUUUUUUAAACCCCAAAAAGAAAGGUUAACCUGGAGCACAGACAGUUUCAAGAGUUUUUUUAAGUAUUUGAAUUGGAGUUCAGUGUGACAGUUUUCUUUCUUCUCUGUGAGGACAAAGCUGUCGUUCUCUGGUAAUACAAUCUGAAGCAGUGUUAGCGUUUGUGCAGAGAUCUAGGAGAAAACAAACUGGCCAGUGUGCCCCAGGUGAUUUGACUUUGAGACCCCUGAACUAGAGGAUUGUUAAGAUAAAAUUGAGUGCGUCAGGCUUGAUUAAACCAGUCACACCUGACCCGAUCAAUGUGUUUGACAGUGUGAUGUGUAGAUUUUAUUAUGUGCGCAGGUCUUCUGAGACUGGCUGUCUGACUAGAGUCCUACUGCCUCCCCUCUUGACGGGCCACAGCCAAAGCCUGCUAGAUGUGCAGACUCAAACCUCCCACGCCCCGUCACGCACCAAACCAAAUCACUGCUAGACACGGAGAACUGAGAACGACGGAGAGAGGAAACUGUUAAGUGUCAGAGAGUGAGAUCUGGGAAUGUUGUCAAGAUGGCAGAAAAGAUGAGUUUUUAGAAUAAUAUGUCAGGAAAAUGAGAGGAGAGGACGAAGUGAGGUGAGAAGGAAGACAGGGAGUGUUAAGGAAGUGUAAGUGGACGUUAAAGAAAAGUCAAACUGGUGUUGGAUGACAGGAAGUGAAGUGUGAAUAAGGAGAGAGGAUAUCAGGAGGGGAAACAUCAGCCCAAGUUUCACAGGACUGCUGAGCUCUGAGGCUAGCUGUUAUUGUAAAAAGCUUUCAUGGUGUUACACCAACCUACCAAUUAUGAUUUAAGCGAGUGAGUUAGCGCGUGUUGUGUAUAUGAUGUUUACUGUUCUGUUCAAACAAUGUUAUUUAUUUACAUUGCUACUGCUGCUACUUUUUAUUGCUUUAGACGCUGCUGUCACUUCUUUUCCCCAAAGGACAAAUACUUUAUUCUUUUUUUUUAAAAGCCAAAUAAGUGAAAUAAUGCAACACGUGUUACCAAAUACAGAGCAAGUCUGAAGAGGGCAAAAGCAAGUGAGUGACGGGGAGAUGGUUUAGCAGAGAAAGUGCAGGGAGGUCGGCUUCACAAAAAGUACUAACUCACAAAAUGUAAACACACGUCACCUCAAAUGUAGCUCUAUGUGUAAUGGAAGUAGGUAAUCAUUUAUUUCAUGACGUCACACUAAAGUGUACAGUGUAGAUACGAUUAAAAGGGAUGUCUGUCUGUCCAGAUGCUUUUUGUCACAUCCAUCCUACACUCUGUCCAUCCACCCAUCCCUCCAUCCGUCCACAGGUCGCCUGCAAGCUUGACAACCCUGACAGUUCACACCAAAGGUGUCCACAACUCAACGAAAAUACGAAAGAGCGUUGUUGUUAUUGUUAUGACUAUUGUUAUUGACCUUAUAAUUGAUUACUCUCAGCUACGAUAUAUAUGAAAUCUCUCUAUAGCUAGGGGGAGAGGGUGAAGGGAGGGGGGCGCUGUACUAUAGCAGCGCCGUGUGUGUAUGUUUGUGUCAUAUACUGUACAGGGGGAGACUGGUGUGCUUACACAAGACAAGGGCCAAGCAAUAAAACCAGCUGGCUCAUCGUUCUACUCAGUGAAUCAACUCUCUGAGGGCCUGCAUCAGGAAGUAAACUCAGUCUGAACAUGUCUGACUGAACAUGAGCAAUCCUGGAUUACUGGUGUCACACAGCUGCUCAACAACCGGCUCUGUUAACUCUGGGGCUUCAAGUCCUGUCAUGAGUGUGUUCAUGUGAAAGAGCUUUUGAUCACAAGUCAGAGUGCUUGAUAUGACAUGAGAUGACACAGAUUGUUAGGUUAGUGCAGCAGCAAACAGCGUUAGUCAGUGACGCAAAAUACAAUAUCAUCACAUGAGUAGAGUAGAAUAAGUAAGGCUUAGUAUAAGUGUGGUAAAAAAAACUAUAUAGGUCUUUGUUGUAAAUUACCUCAAACCUUCUUUAUGUAGUGCAAUGUCUUAACCUAACCAACAUAUACACCAAUGUAUCUGCAAUAAGCUAAUAUUGGCCUUAACAACCUUGAUGUUCAUGGGAGCUAUUUUUUCAAAUAUAGGAAAACUCCGCCCAGUAUCUUAGAAGACAUAUUACAACAGAUGAGUAGUGUUGUCAAAAAUAUAGAUUUAUCGAUAAAUUCUGAAUAUUUUAACCGUUACUAUUCUCAUUUUCUGCAGUAUCUAUACACCAGUACCAGCUGCUUUCUGGCACUCUCUAAUUGUUAAUGUUUACUGCAGUCAUUCUGCUGCUCUCUGCUACUAACAAAAGAUAAUUGUUGUCACAUUAUAGCCCUGUUAUUUAUCUUUUAGAAAAAAAGGUAUGCCCUCACUGGUAUCGAAAAUUGUGUCAAAUAUUGCUAUUUUUAAAGGGUUGUCAUCAAAUUUAGAAAUUAUUAGUACAGUGACAACACUACUGAUGAGUAAACUAAACUUAAUGUGUAAAAACAGCGGGAUGUCCCUUUAAUUACAGUUAGCACUGGGGCUAUAGAAAGUUAUCUACACUGUGUUAUUAAUGUGUAGCUAUGAUGUUCAUUCAUUAGGCUAUAAGGGUUGUAAUCUAUAAUCUCUUCUGUUUUAAACCCACAGUGGACAUAUAAUUAUGUAAAAAAAACUGAUGUAAUUAUCAUGGAAACAAAGUAACUCUACUGAUACAUUAGACACUCUGUAUCACCUCCUACUUUAAUGUAAACUUACUUGUGGCGAUCUGUUCGCAGCUUCAGAUCAGAUUCGCUGACAUCAUGUGGACCCCAAGAAGAUUGGCUGUCAGCGGCAGCUAAUGGGGAUUAGUUAAGCUGCAGUACAGGUUACGAUGGUGGUCAACCCUGGGUAAGAGUGAGUCAGCUUUGUGACACCACUAAACCCGAGUUCAGCCCAAAGAUAGCUCAUGUUGCUUUGUGAUACAGGCCCCUGAGCAGAUCCGAUGGUGAGCUGGCACAGCUCCGUUAGCUCAACCUGGAACUGAUUUAGCUUCCAACAGUCGACAGGGACUUUUGUCGCCGGUCAUCCUGCUCUCGUAAACUCUGCAGAUGACAGGAUUCAGGGCCGAUCGUGACAGAUCUGCUCAGCCUCCUCAUUCAAACUCUUGUAUAUAGACCUGGAUCUGGUGCUCAGCAUCCAUCAGCUGUACUGCACUGCCAGCACAGCCUGAGGUGUGUACUCAUUGGUGCAGUUUCAAUAAGAGACGGGGCAAACCCUCACCCACUACAGCGUCCACCGUUCAAACUCUGCCCGUGUGUCUCGGCUCACUUGUGUCUGAACACAAAGCUGGACCCAGUCUCCUGCUGUCAACGUUUUCUGUCAUUAAGCUGAUGUGUAUUUUGCAAACACACGCACACACACUCGCUUCUUGGCUGUGCUGUUUGCGUGCAAACACCUGAUUGAGUGAUGAUGCCACGCUCCACCUCUGUGAAACCAAUCAGGUUAGGUGUGCUAAGAAUGUGCGUGUGUGAGGAGACAAAAAAUUCUGAUGACUCAUCUAAACACACACACCAAAUGUAUAAAGCUAUCGCGUUCUACACAGCAAUGCUGGCGACUGCCAAUAGUGGCUUUAUGUGUAUAUUAGUUUCCCAGGUGCGACGCCAGGGGUGAACAAACAGCAACAGCUACAGCUAGCUCAGAAAGCCUGUACCUUCGUUGUGCCUUGGCACCAAGGGGGGAGCGUGUGUGUGCGUGUGUGUGUCCUAAACCCAUCUGUAAGUAAACCAAAUAUCAUUUUCACUAUGCAGUCAUUCAAACCAUGUCAGCUUGCUUCGAUGGGGGGGAGAAGCCUCCUGUACAUACACAGAUUUACAGAUAAACUGGAGUUAGCGACAGUGUGUUUUUCUUUUCGAGCCCCCUCCCUCAAACGUCACCGCCUUCAGCUAGUUCACAGAGAAAAGAGAGAGCAAGAGAUAUGUUUUGAAUGAGCUGACAAAUAUUUAAGGAUUGUAUUCGGGUCGGGGAGGGACACGGGGGUUAGAGCGGGGUUUGUAGUGCGGGGGAGAUACAGAUCAAUGCUGUAAAGUAUAUCAAUUGCAUGUUAUUGUCACCGUUGUAACUGCCAUUGUUUUGUUUUUUUGUUUGUUUUUUUUCUUCCAAGACAACGGUUGGUUGGGGCGGGGAUGCACAAAACUUUAUCCUUAUUUAUAAUUUUUACACAUAUAGUCUGUACGUUUGUUUUUGUUUUGAAAAUGUUGAAUUAUUGUGUACUUAGGAAAAGACACACUUUUUUGCCUUUUAUUUUUUAAAUGUUCUGUCGACUUUGCAAUAUAUAUUUUUUUUCACUCUGGACCCGUCACUAGUCGUCGAGGAGGAGCUGUAUCAAUAUUAGCAGACAGUGUUUGUUAGAAAACGUCCUGUUUCCCCUCAGUCGUGUGUCUUUCUUUUAGUUAGCUGUGUGCGCAAGCAGAGAGUGUGUGUGUGUGAUGUUUAUUCGUCUACCAAAAGUCUUUAUUGAUGGUGAUUAUUAUUAUUAGCUUUUAUUUUUGUCCGUUGUUUUUUUUAUUAUUAUGAUUACUAUGAUUACUGUUUUUAUUAUUAUUAUUAUUAUUAUUGUUGUUAUUAUUAUUAUUAUUAUUCAGGGCAAAGAUGACACCAAAUUGAACAAACAAAUAAAUGGGUGAACCCAGACAGUGCUGAGAGCUGGACGGCGUUGUCCGUCUUUCUAAAGGUUUCUUUUACUGGCGAGGUGGCGCAAUCGUUUUUCUCACCGUUACGCUGUAGUGUGUGUCCACCUUAUUUAAACCGCCACGUAAAUAUAACCUCCGAACUGAAAGUCUAAUAGUAUUUUUUUAUUAUUAUUAUUAUAUAUUGUUUUCCUUUGAUCAGAUAUCAUGAUCGAUUUAUAUCUUGUUACCCCAGUUUGGGUCAUAAAUUGUGUGCUGUUAUUUAAUUCGCCCCCCCCCCCCCCAUCCCUGCCCACUGCUUUUAUUUUUUAUUCUAUUUCAUGGUUUUUAUUUUUUAUUCUUUCUGGUUUGUCUGAUGCUGUAGUAAUGAGCUGAUUGGUCAAACACCAGAGCUUUUUUUUUUCCUUUUCCUAAUGCUGAGACUGUCGUGACUGAUGUUGCACUUGUGAUGGGUUUUAUUUUGUUUUUGUUUUGUGUUGCAGAUUUGGGAUUGUUGUGCCGAGAGGAAAAUAAUCGGGUGUUUUUCCUUAUUUUUCUUAAAGUCGCAGCAGUUAUUUUAUCAAUCAAUAGAUCUGUGACACAGAGCAAGAAAAUGAUUCAACAGUGUAUUUUUUUCACUGAUAUUUAUUUAUUGGUCAUUUGUAUGUUUUUCUUUUUUCUUUUUUUUGGUUUUAUUUUGUUUUCAUGUGUAUUGCUUUUUUGUGGAGGGCAAACAGGACUCAACGUAGACGAGUAGUCUCUCAUUGGCGUUUUACAUUGUGUACAGAAAGCUAAAUAUUGUAUUCAACUCAUCACACUAACAUACGGACUAUAAAGUAACAGGUUAAAAUAGAAACCUGCAGCACAGUAAGGCGCACUGUCUCUGGCUUUACUGUGACUGUCAGACUUGUUUUGUUUACUGUUUCCCCUCUCAGAAGGCCCCAACAAACAAACUGCUCAUGGUUUAAUGGAGCCAUGAUAUAUUUGAACUCUAGUGCUUUGCUAAUAACUCCCAGUUAAAGCUUGUAUUGUUUGAAACUUGGAUGGUUUUUAAUCUGAAUGCCAACUACAAAGCAGACUAGAUUUGUGUUUUUAAAUUUUAGGUAUUCGAGCUGAUGAUAACUACUACGAUAGCAGACUGAUUGGCUUGUUAUUAACCUGCACUCCCUGUUAGGGAGGUGGGACACGCCUGCUUUGAAAUAUCAUUGAGGUUUGUUGCUUGUUUUUUUUUUUUUUUUUUUUUUUUGUAAAUGCAGUCUAGGUUGCAUGAUUUUGCGAGUUUGCAGGGUGGGGGGGAGGAUUGACUUCAGUCUCCGUUGUUGCAGUUGAAAGGCUUCUUGUAUGUACGACACCACGGAUUUAUUGUCUUGACAGUUGUAUCAAUCGACACAGCUUUACUGCCUGUUUCUGGGUUUUUUUGUUUUCUGUUUUUGUUUUGUUUUUUGGCUGUAUUUUAUCCCCCCUCCCCCCAGUCUCAUUUCAAACAGAAUAAAUGCCAUUAUAUUGUGAAUACCUCAGGAUUUUUUUGGAGAAAAAAAAUAAUAAAACACUUAAAAAUCAAAUAAAUAAAUAAAUAAAAACUCA